GAUAAUGAUGGUCAUCUGCUGUUAUCACGCAACAUCAUUGGUGCCCGCUUCUCCUGCAGUUCUGCAGUUCUGCAGUUUUUUCAUGACGUGGCCGACCGAUAUUAUAUCUCGAGAAGGCGGUUCCUUCAUUGUUAAGAGCCUACAUUUCAAGUCUCUAGUGUCGUUGCCGGGCAUCUGGUGUCGCCUCGAAGUUCAUUAGGCUGUCUCCCUCCUCCCUCCUCCCCUGCGGCUCUCGCCGCCGACGCCUUGUGAGAUACGCCAGGCUGCUGAUGGAUCCAGAGAUGAAUUCGUUGAGCCAAGACGAACUCGACGAGAGACCUUGGAAAUACAUCGGCUACAGAGGGUUUGCAGAGUUCGCAUCCCAGUCUGACGACUUCUUCGCACUUCGUCGGUUCGAUAGACUUCACACGAGAACGAUUCUGGUUCUACAAGCAAAGCUGUCUGCCCUCGAGAAAGAACUUGACAUUAUCGACGGCGAACUCAGUAGGAAGGAUGCCGACGAUAUUCAUAACGGUAAAGCCGUUGGCGACAAGGACGAGCGAAGAGUCAAACUCCUCGGGGAAAUCACCAAGGCUCUCGAGACAUACGAUGCCACCGUAUUUCGUUACUUGAAGCUUAAAAGUAAACCACAGGCUGCUCCUUCGACGCUUCGAAACAUGACUCGGUGGCUCAAAAAUCGAAAUGAGCCAAUUGACUUCGAAGAGACAGAGUUUUUGAAACAAAAUGAUCUCAUAUCAGUUUCGCCUGUCGAGAAGCCGCCUUUCAGGAAGUUCUUUGAAACGUCAAUACUCCUUCCCGCGUCAAAUCUCUUCAAGUUUCCUCGGAGGCAAGAGGAGGAUACAACGCUCCUUGCACAUCAAACAACAGUCUUCCUCCACAACGAACCAGACACACUAGUCUCACUAGGAGUAUUUACUACGGCUGGGAUCCUGUUGAUUAGUCCUCUCUGGAUUCUUUCCAAGACUACUGGGGCCGAACAGAAGCUGUCCGUGAUAACAGCCUACCUAUUGGCGUUCCUGACAGCACUCACUUGGGGUACUACUUCUUCGCCAUUCGAGAUCUUUGCAGCCACAGCUGGCUAUUCGGCAGUUCUACUCGUUUUCUUGCAACUUGGUCUUUCAAGCAACUAAAGGAGCGUCGACUCCACGACACUCUUGUGUAAGCCUCGUGUGGUAGAUAGGUUCUUCAAAGGUUAUAGUUGGUGCGAGCAAAGUACCGCAACAACUUCUCUUGUAGCCAA